GCCUUUUCCCCCACACAGUAGACGAGGGAGAAUAGAAUGCAUUGAUUGUGUACGGGUGCACUGGUGCCUGGUAACGUUAUGCUUUGACAUGAAUGCAGUUGACCUGUGAUGCUUUUGCAGGGACUCGUUAUUACAAAACUAAUGGUAGGAUCUUUAGCAAUAAAAGUGCAAUUCUAAUGAUGCACUACUCAAACUGGCUUAUUGGCCUGAAAAACAGGGUAAGCCUUCGAAAUGCACGCAGAACACCACCUAACAUCGACUGGGGAAAUGUGGUCGACUUGCAGAACAAUAACCCGCAGUCUAAGCAGAAGAUACACGGGGUUACGGUCACCAACCAUCUCUGGAAAAAAGGCUACAAAACAAUCAAGAAAAUCGGGGAGGGGACAUUUUCCGAGGUGGUGAAAACUCAGAGCCUGAAAGAUGGGAAGUUCUACGCAUGUAAAACCAUGAAGCAGACAAUUAACAGUCUGGAGCAGGCCAAUAACCUGCGGGAAGUCCAGGCAAUGAAGAGACUGAGCCCACAUGCAAACAUCAUCCAGCUACAUGAGCUGAUUUUUGACAAAGAAACUGGAACUGUGUCUUUGAUUUGUGAGCUGAUGGAGAUGAACAUCUAUGAGUUAAUUCAAGGGAGAAAAAUGCCACUGCCUGACAAUACAAUAAAGAACUACAUGUACCAGCUUUGCAAGUCACUUGAACAUAUACACAGCUGUGGGAUAUUUCACAGAGAUGUAAAGCCAGAAAACAUUCUCAUCAAACAAAAUGGUCUGAAGCUUGGCGACUUUGGCUCGUGUCGCAGUGUUUACUCCAAGCCCCCCCACACCGAGUACAUCUCCACACGCUGGUACAGAGCCCCAGAGUGCCUCCUCACUGACGGCUACUACGGCUUGAAGAUGGACAUGUGGAGCGCUGGUUGUGUCUUCUAUGAGAUCAUGAGCUUGAAUCCUCUCUUCCCUGGAACCAAUGAGUUGGACCAGGUUGCCAAGAUCCAUGACGUGUUGGGGACACCGGAAGAAAGUAUCCUCCAGAAGUUAAAGCAGUCUCGAACUAUGCAAUUCAACUUCCCUCCUAAAAAAGGCAGCGGUAUCUCACGGUUACUCCCUCACCGCCCGGCUCCAGCUCUGUCACUUCUCUAUCAGAUGCUCGCCUAUGACUCUGAUGAACGCAUCACUGCAGAAACAGCCCUGCGGCACACAUACUUUAGGGAAAUCAGGCUGGCAGAGAAGAAAGCCGAGACGCUUCACAGAGUUUCUGGGACUAUGGAUGAACUAGACAGUGGUGGGACGUACAACUCCUUAGAUCACAUCUGGCGUCCAACCAGACUUGGCAAACAGCUGAGGGGAAGACACACAAGGCAAACCCCUUUAAUAAGCCACAACAUGAAGCAUGUAGCAGAGCCUCUCAUCCGACGGAACAUCCCUCAUUACCCUGCAGAGCUGCCCAAGCUCAACAUGGUAGUACCAGGACCACAGAUGCCUUUCCCUGUCUCCACUCUGCCUGCGUUUACCGUCACCCACAGAGGCACACUGCCAACCAUCCCAUCUAAAAAGUGCCAGACAAGGUUGUCCAAGCCCAGGGAUGAGUCGCAUCAUGCUGCUUUCAAGACCUACUGCAUUCCACCUCUGGAUAGGAAACAUGGAGGCUGCUGAGAGCCAAAACACUUCCAACGUUUUAUUCAAAUUUGCCUCUUUAAACAGGACGGAUCAGUACUGUCAAACACAUCGUUGAGAGGACAAUGUUUGGACAGGCCUGAUGUUGAAAUCUGGAAAGAAAACAAACAUGUUUCACAAGACAAUGCAACAAAGACCGCCAAGCCUGUCGUCAUAGCAGCUAGGAUAGCUACAUUAAAGCGUUCAACCCCCACUCUAAGAAGUUCAGUGUGAUAUCUUCACAAACAAUAUUAGAGGUCAAUACUGUCGUUUUGUCAUGACCUCAGUGUUACCUGAACUGGUAAGUGGUUACAUGUUUACAAGUGUUAAAACAUAUUUUUUCUUAUGAUCUUAUUACACAAGCUAAGCAAUUUGAAAAACAUAGACCGCUUGCUGUUUGAAAGAUUUGACCAGAUCCUCGGAUAGAAUAUGGGAACAUUUGAAAACUACGCUGCAGUAUGUUAAUGUCCAGAGUUCUAGAAUUUGUGCCAGGACUUUGAUCAAACACUACAGUGACUUAUUAAUCAGCUGUGAUUCAAAGUGGUAAAGCAAUAAAUAGGAAAAACUCCAAGCGCAGGGUUGAAUACCUUUUUUAUAGGCACUGUAUACUUGUGAGUGUCUCUUUCUUAAUAGCUAUGAAUAAACUCCUCCGAAUUAACUGAUGUUAGGGCAACAGUCUUCCUGUGCAAAAGGUUAAAGGGAAAACCAUUCACUUUAAGUGCUUCACAUUUAUCCUUAGCAACAGUAUUGUAUAUUAAAAGGCACAUCACUUAAUCAAAACUGUAAUGUAAAUAAAAGCCCGCUGUGGGCCACAAAGCAGACUUGGAACAACUGAAAACAAACUAUUCGCCCUUUGCAUCACCUAUGUAUGUGAAGACAUCUGUAUUUUAUAUGGACUUAAGAAAGUUCAGAAUUUUUUUGCAGUUUAGUUUAGAAUGUAGCUCAGCCAGAACCUUCACUGAAGCAGUGUGGCUAAAAACAUGUUAUUUAGAGCUGUGAGCUCAGUACAAUGGACUGGGACUCAGUCUGCACUUUGUUGGUUAUUGUGAUGUAUAACCAGAGUAAAGAAGUUUGCCGUCA